CGUGGGGGAGUCGCUCCAGGAGGGCGGGGUUAGUCCGAUGCGUGGACGGUGGCCGAGAGACGCCAUGCCUUGCGCGCCUUUGCUUUCCGCCCCAUUUCUCCCUCUCCUCAUUUCAUGAAGAGGGAAUAAACGGCACACGAAGUAGCGCAGCAGCCAUGGAGGAGCUGAGCGCUGUCGGGGGGCAGGUUUUCGAUGCAGAAUGUAUCCUGAACAAGAGGUUCCGUAAGGGAAAGUCGGAGUAUCUGGUGAAGUGGAGAGGCUGGUCCUCCAAGCACAAUAGCUGGGAACCUGAGGAGAAUAUCCUUGACCCCAGACUGUUGGUGGCGUUCCACAAAAGGGAACAGGAAAAGGAGAUUCAAAUCCGAAAACAAGGAAAGAGGCCAAGGGGUCGCCCACGAAAAAAAGUAGAACCAGAGAUUACAACGACAUCCAAGUCAAGUAGUUCAUCCUCCUCAUCCUCAUCGUCUUCUUCCUCUUCUUCGUCGUCUUCUUCAUCAUCUUCUUCCUCAUCAUCGUCAUCCUCUUCUAAUGAGGACAGUGACAGUGAAGGCAAGGCCAGGCACCGAGUUCGAGAAUCCCAUCCCGUACCACAAAAAAAGGCACAGGUAGUAAUUGCAAAGCCAGAAAACAAGGACGCUACCAAGAAAAAACGGGGCAGGAAAGUAAUUCAUCCAGAGCACAAAGUAAACCUCAAAAGCAAGUCACCACGCAAAAUACCAAAAACAGCAGGAAAAGACACUGCUACAGAAAUGAAAGCUGAGGAAAAGACAAAGAAACCCCUUCAACCUGCCAGCUUCACUUACACCGGGCUUAGCAGGAAUACUAAGGAUCUGUCAAACUCAAACACUAUGCCAAGUUCCAUAUCUUUUGUCAACAGUAGUGCCUCAAAGCGUUCUUUAAAUUCUGCCGUGGUAGGAGCAAAUCGUCUGCUUUCCCCAUCUGUUCAUUCUUCCAACAAGCCAACUCAUGGCAAAAGUUCUGCAGAGUUUAAAUCGGGAAUUUCAGUAUCAACUAGUAGUCCAGGUCAUGCAGGAUUAGACUUGAAAAUGACCUCUUCGAAGUCAUCUGGAGCCUCAGCACUUAAUCUGCAAAAUUCUAAACUUUUAAACAGUCAGGGAGUUAAUAAAACUCUAAAUCGCUCUCCAAAUGACAAAAAGACAGCAGAAUUGUCUGGACAGAAUACGGUGGGGCACCAUUUGAACAAUGAUGAUAAACUGGUAGCUUCUUCACCUACAAAAUGUAAUGCAAACCAGGCUAUUAGUCUGCAGGCUUUAAAUUUGCAAAGUGUCAGUAAGUCAUCUCCAACUCUCAGCAGUGUCCCUGGAGGAUGUGCAUCAGUAAAAAGCACAGGGGUGUCGAGCCUGAAAACUGCAGCAAGCCCAAACCGAAAACCAACUGGAAUGAAUACUCAGCAGAGUAAUAAUUUGGGACUAAAUUUAGUUACUUCAGUCAACCCACACCAGGAACUGGGAUCAGCGGAAGAAAAAAAUAAAGGAGGAGCUGAACUGGAUAAGCAGAAUAAAAAAUCUGUUAAGGCUGAAAAAGAUGCACCAUCAAAUAACUUGGCGCUGACAAUGGAGAGCCAGGCCCAAAAAAUUAGCAAGAGACAGCAGGAGAACAAGGCUUCCAAGGAGCAGGCAAAAUUGGCAGCCAAAACUGUAAGUGAGAUGAGUACUGGGGAAGAAGAGUCUACCUCCGAAUCUGACCAAGAUUGCUCUUUUUCCAAGAAUGGACAAAAUAUGUCAAUUUCUGUUCAAACCAGCCAGGACUGGAAGCCUCCUAAGAGCCUCUUGGAGCACGUAUUUGUCACCGACGUAACUGCUAACCUUGUAACGGUGACUGUUAAGGAGUCCCCAACCAGCGUUGGAUUCUUUAACAUUCGGCAUUACUAAAUUCUAAAGACAAUGGCCAGUUGAAACAAGGACAGCAAGCUUUAAGAAGCACAGAUAAGCUGUGAUGAAGCAGUACAGAAAUAAGGAUGUAUAUUACUGUAUCGAAGCACCUUUUUUUUAAUUUUUUAAAUACAUGUGUACUACCUAGACAACGGACAUGUUAGACUCCAUCAGUAGUGGCAGAAGGAUAACAGUAACAGUGUUUUAUGCAUGUAUAUGGACUGCUGCACAUGUACUUUCAUGACUGUGACUGAAGAUUUAAGUCUUUAUUUAUAAUUAUUGCUGUUCUUACUAAUACAAUAUUGGAUUAUUUUCAGUGCAAGACUUUGGGUGACUAGUAUAAUAUUCAAAAGAAUCCAAGUCUUGCCGUCAAAGUAACCUCUAAGUACUAAUUGUUCUAUUGGUAAAAUGUUGUCUAUUCUCAUAGGUGGGAGCAUGUGUGUAGUUUUGCUUAAACAUGCAUGUAUUUACUAUAUAUUUUAAAAUAACUACCUGUAGAAGGUGUCUGGUGACGACAAACACAAAGAGAGUAUCUGCCUACAGCAUCCUAAUGGUCAUCUGUUGAACUGCAGUGACAUUAUCAGUAAUGUGAAACCGGAGUCAAUGAUUGUAGAAAGCGGUUCAUUCUUCAUUCCAUCUGCUUUAGUUAUUUUAUUAUUAUUAUUAUUAUCUUUUUGUUAUCAUGCCUAUGUAAAAUAAUUGUAUUUCAUACUCUACAUUUAUAAGUGUUUUAAUAUUUGGGUUACAUUCUUUUAAGAUGCUUUUGUAUAUUUAAAUGUCUGUCAAAUUUUGUUGCAAAAUUCUACUUGCCAGGUGCUAAUGGUGACUGAUUUACCUCAUAGAAAGUAAUUCCUUUGCAGUCUCAAAAAAUGACAAAAGACAAAGAAUUUGACCAGUUUAUAUAUUUUAAAUUCCGUUCCCUGCAUAAAAUUGCUAACAUCUGUAGCAGUAACUGCAAGUUCUAGUAUUUUACCAGUCCUAAGGGAGAAUUGUUUUUUUAAUUUCCUGAAUAUGGAACUGAAGAGAAUAGAACUAUUUGCCCUGUAAACUAAAGCUAGUUAUGUUUACAAAUGUUAAUAGAACAGUGUUUUCAAAAAAUGUUUUAACUGUGUUAAUGUAUCGCUUGACUGAGAAUUUGUUUUUAAUGAUCCAUUUUAAGUUUGUUUAGUCGUAAUUUGCAAUUACUAAAACAAUCAAUCACUCUUUAUUUCAGCUCAGUGUGUGAAUUUGUCUAGUUCGGAUUAUUUCAAAUACUGUAUAAGUUAACAAAAAAAAAAAAUCUGUUUGUUUUUAAUAUUUACCUCACCACCCUUCUGAUUUGAAAUUUAAAAUAAGUACAGCACUGUCAUUUUGUUUAGUUGUGUUCCAUAAUUUGUCCUGCAGUUUUAUUGUUUUAAAGUUAAUGUUUCAUAUUAAACAUGUAAACGGUGCAGAGAGAUUAA